AUGGUUAUCGUAAAGCCUUCAGUACCCGGAUGCUGCAAUAUCAUUCGUCGAACUACCGCUACUGGAACACAACGAUUGGUCAGUUCGAUGACACGCGCGCACUUGCAUGCAUCACUCUGGCAAUGCGAUUGCAUCCGUGUGCGCACGCGCCUCUUGCACUUCUCCUCUUCUCCCCCUUGCGAGUGCGUGUAUGUUUUGGGAUGCCUACAGGCGCGCACGCUCGCACGCUCUAGUAGACAUCAGGUUCUGCUUCUGAGAGGAAUGGAGCGAGACAGGGUGGCGUCUCGCCCGCCUACCCCUGGCACCGGCCAAUUGUAUUUCGCCUCGGGGUACAUCUUCGCACUUGCCUCUCAGAAAGGCGCCAUUUGCCUUCCCCUCUCUUACCUCUCGCAAAGGAGAGUUUACAGCUUAACCGCACUUCUUUGGUGUGUUGAAAGUUUCACCCUCGUCAUCUCUUGCUGUGAAGCCAUGUUUAUCCUCAGACUUGCAAUUGAAGCGUUUCAUUUGGUGGAGACUGAACUCUCUAACGAUUUGCCAUCAAGGGAAGAGAAAAAGUAUUCCAAUUCAUCAAGUUUCCCUUCCCUUGCACUACCCCACUAUGUAGACCCAAUCAUUUUCCACUUUGGUCGGAAACGACCCAGUGAUAGUGGUGCUUUCGAUGCUCGUCAACACCUCUUUAGCCCCAAGCGACUAUGCUUCGAUGCCUCAUUACAAAUCCCCGCCUCUACUCUCCUUCAUAGCGUCAUUUUGGGUUGUGAUGAUCCCUCUACGGAAUCUAGAAAAAGGAAUCGACUUUGUUCCUAUCCUACUACUCUUAAAAGAUCUCAAACUACCCGAAAACGCAUUCCACUUAAUGGCAACUUCCACAAUACCAAUCAGGGUGCGCUGCCUAUGUCCACACUGACAUACCAAUGGCUUGUGACAGCGUUUUGGGGUCAAAUGCUGGCCGCACGAGCAUGGACGCCACCAAAGGAGGAACCGCUGGAUCUCUCUUGCAAGCAACCAAAAUCGCAGUUCGUUAACAGUAACGUGUUUAGUAGCAUACGGAGGCUAGUGGAACCACUGGAACCUACUCCUACGGAUCUGGAUGCGGAAAUACGAAGGACCGCUGUGGAAGUAUCACCCCGGAAUUUGCCACUGGAACGAUCCUGUUUGCUGCCAACUUUUGAAACCUUGGUGAACAGUGCUCGACUUUUUAAUGAUCUCAGGUCGUGUUGUCUGGGUGCCGUGGAUCAGAUAUCGGAACCUAAAAACCUCUGUUGCGACGCGUUGAAUAAUGAAUGUCUAGCCGCAGUUAUAGACUUCCUAAAGUCAAAGGAAGAAGAAAGGCUAGAUGACCUAUCGGCACAGCCCGAUGGUCAUGUUACUUAG